AUGAAGUACUCCGUAUUCGCCCUCUUUUUGGUGAUUGCAGGGGCUUUCGCCUUUCCUCAAGUUGAAGAUCCGCAAAGGGAUGCACGUAUCAUAACAGGGCGCAUUAGAAGAGCUAUUGAGGAACUCCAAGAAAAGAUUAUAGAUGCUGGAAUGGACCCUCUUGUGGUUCCAAGAUUAGAUUUAGAAUAUAGACCAGUCCCAUUCUUCCUUGAAGUCAGAGGUUUUUUGGAGAAUUUUGAAUUCACUGGUGCGAGUAACAUCGCAAUCCAUAAUUUGGACUAUUCCGCUCUCUUCAACAGGUUAAGGUUCGACAUCUCCCUUCCUGAGCUUAGCUUCGUUGUUGGUGACUCCGGAGUUACUGCUAUAGUUUUAGGAAACAGAUACAACGGACAAUUACAUGGCAGCCUAUCCAUCUCGGGUAUUCGUAUCGACGGUGAAGUCCGCGUGAAUAUUGGUAUUAUCUCUGGCAUUAGCAUUCGCAGUCUCACCCUUGAUUUUACUCUCGGAGGCAUCCAGUCCGACCUCAAUGUGGUUUUCAUGGGAGAAGAUUUCUCCGACAUCGUAAACAAAGUUCUUGGGGAAGAUAUUCCUGCUGCUGUAGCUGAAAACAGGAGAAGGGAGAGGAGGGGAAGAGGAGGAGGGGAGAGGAGGAGGGGAGAGGAGGAGAGGAGAGGAGGAGGGGAGAGCGUGUACAAAUUUUCAAAAAUG